AUGAAUUCAAACGUCGAAGAACAAAUUCAAUCUUUCAAGGAAUCACAUAAUCGGCUCACUGCAGUACUUCGUGAGCGUCAAAAACGCCGCAAAUUGCAAUUAAACUCUGUGGAAGAAUUUAAGAAAUUUUCCUCAAAUAGUAUAAAAGCCAAAGAACUAGGGCAAAACUUACAUAAUGCAUUUGAUUCGAAUAUGGAUACAUCACUUUCAAACACUAAAAAUACACAGAAAACUGAAAUAGACAAUAAACGCAAACAUUCGUCAGAAUUCAAUUUAAUGCCUAAAGUUUCGAUCCCAGUUAUAUCACAAAUUAACAUUUCCGUAAACAAGGUAGAAAGUCAGCAACAACAAUAUCAGGAACAACAGGCAUCGGAUCAAGAAAGUGAAAAAACUAUUAGAAAUGACUACUGUCAAUAUUUUGUUGAUUCUGGACGCCGCCCUCAAAAUUUCAUUAGAGAUACUGAAUUAUCACAACGUUUUGACGAGUAA